UAAAAAAAAAACUCUGGAAAAGUGUUCGUGAAAACACUAAGAACGAUAUUAUUCGUAAAAGCAAACUUGACAUUUUGUAAACUUUAAAACGUUUAACAAAAAACAUUGAAGAACAUAAUGAUUUGAUUCAAAUCACGGUUUAUUUUAUGAAUACAUUUAAACGUGCAACGUGUGAAAUUAGUUAGCUGUAAAAAACGACACAGUUUUAUGUUUUUAAUUCUCAAAUUUAUUAAAUUUAAUUUAUAUAAAUAAUUCAUUGACAGUUUUUGUUAUACCAUGGUGUCAUAUCGGCAAAGUAUACGGAACUUUGCUCAGCAAGAGUUGGUAGCCUUAGUGAUUUUUUAUUUAACUUUUUGUCACUAAAACUUGAUUUGCAAAAAAAAAAUUUUUUAUUUUUUAGUCUUAACUUGAAAAUUUUGAAAAUAUUGUUUUCAAAAAGAUCGGAAAAUUUCACAAAAAUUUCAUAUUUUAACAUUGAAAAUCGGACCAUUAGUUGCUGAGAUAUCGACAUUAGACAAUGAUGGAUUUUUUGGGUGAGACAUAGAAAACAUCAAUUUUCCUGUUUUUAAACCUUUGCAUGGCAAUAUCUCAGCAACUAAGGGUCGUACAUGUGCACCAAUUUAAAAAUAUUAAAAACGGCGACUAUUUUCAAAAAAGUCACCUAAAAAUGGAUUUAACUUGAAAACGGUGCACUUUAUCAAAAUUUCACUUAAGUACUUUUUGAUUGUAAAUUUGAUUUUACAUCGAAAAAUGAAGUUGAAAAAUUUUUGCGACCGGUAUUUCGAUUUUUUGAAAAAAUAGUAUUGAUUCAAAAAUUUAUAACUCGCUCAAAGAUUUUUUGCAUAACCUAGAAAUUUCUGAAAAGUUGGCAUUUUAUGUCCUCUAAAACAUAUCAAAAAUUAAAAAUAGUGUUUUUUUGCAAAUCAAGUUUUAGUGAUAAAAAGUUAAAUAAUUUUUUUUUUACCUUGUAUCAUUUUUUUCCAGUGUAGUCCGUAUCCAUACCUACAACUUUGCCGAAGACACCAAAUCGAUCAAAAAAUUCUUUCAAAAGAUACAGAUUUUUUAAUUUUCAUACAUCAUUUUUGUAUGGACAGCUGCCAAAUUUGUAUGAAAAAUUAUAUGGAAAAUCUAAUGAUGCAAAAUGGCUUCUUUGGGCACCAAAAAAAGUUUCAGUCGGAUUAAAAAAAAUACAAAAAAAAAAUCGAAUGACCGAAAUCUGAGAGAACUGCUCAGGUGGCAAAGGAUGUUCCAAUGCAUCUUCUGAGAGUUGAAUUUCCCAAAACAGUGUUUUUUUCUAAUGGGAAAAUGUUUUCCCAAAGAUUUGACAACAAAAACCAGUUUUUCUCAGAAAAAUUUAUUUGGCGUAAUAGCGGAAUUUUCAGUGGACAGAGGUGUAGAGGCAAAUGGAUGUUGGGGAUACAAACAUUUUAUACCGUAUCAUCAUUUGAAUGAAGAGCAAUUGUUUGUUUAUUCGGGUCAACUUUAACCUUUUUGGUCAUUCGUUGCCUUUUUUCCACACAGAAGAGAAAGUUCACCUAGCCUAAAAGACAUUUGUACUAACGUGUUACGGAUUCAGUAUGGAAAUAAUUCCAUGAUCUUAACUCGUGCAACAGCACUUAAAAAGAUAUCUCCAACCUGAUUUAAACAUACAAAAAUAUUUGCCCUUAACAAUUGCAAAAAAUAGAAGCAAGAAAUGAGUUCGAAUAUGUAUGCAGUAGUCGGGCACGCACAUGUGACAAAACGUCCUCUGAAUAAAUUCCCUUCGGCCAGUUGUCACACUUGUAGUAAGUAAAGUAAAUCUUUCCCAGUUCCUGAGGGGAACACCCUUGAAGAGUAUCGGGGCCGGCAUUUACAAAGCGGAUUCAGUGGCAAUUUCAUUCUCAACUUAAUGUUAACAUGUUGAGGUUAAUGUUAACAUUCCAUAGGUCGCCUUCCUAAGGUGUCGUGAUAAGGUCCAGUUUGUGACGAUACUCUACCUUCCCUUUACUAAGCAAUCGAUUCCAGAAGGGAAAAGAUCACCAGUUGUGUUGGUCCGAGCCGGGAUUCGAACCCCGAUCUACCGCUUACUAGGCGGGAGCGUUACCACUAGGCUACGUGGCUCGGUCUCACACUUGUAGAGUGCAACAAAAUAACACGAUCAGAUCGCAAGUAUACUAGCUUAUCAAGAAUGACCAAAUUGCAAAGAGGUUUUCACGAUUCUUGUUGAAUAUCACUUAAUGGGCAAAAAUGCAAAUGUGACAGAAUGCACGAUCAUGAUUUAUUUAUAUUUUAAGGUUCACAUGCUUUUUUAUAGAAAACUGGUAAUGAAAACAAAAACAAUCUUGAACUGCUAUUUGAACUAGUCAAAGUGUAAUUAUUAUUUAUCUUUAGUAAUGAGCAAACAGUCAGAGGCUAGUUCAGCUUCGAUACGUAAAAUUAGAAAAAAAAAUCAUUAUAUUUCAGUCGAGCUCUGUCAUCUGUUGAGAGCGGACAUUCAAAGGUCUAAAACAUGGCCUCGUUUACCGUAGAAAAGUGUCCCCAAACAUACGACGAAUACAAUUUUGUACUAGAUGCCCUACAUUUGGAAAAGGCUCGUAUCGAGCUGAACGAAACAGAUGAAAAUCGUGCUCAAUCGUUGGCUCAGAUGCGUGAAUGGAUCGCCAAACAUCCGCACAUUGGGAAAUGCCGAACGGAUUCGGUAUUUCUGUUGCGUUUCUUGAGAAUGCGAAAAUUUUCAGUCCCAAUGGCGCAGGAAAGCUUGGAGCGUUACCUGAUAGCGCUACGAUCGUUUCCACAGUGGUUCAAGAACCUCGACCCGCUGAACGAGGAAAUCAGGCUUUUCAACAAAGUCGGAAUGCUGUUCAAUUUAGGGUUUGACUCGCACGGACGAACCGUUGUAUUAUUUCGGCCACGUGUCCUAAAUGUCCUGAAUAGGGAACAAGCCACCAUUGGACAUCAGAUGCGACAGGCAAUGCUGCUGCUGGAGACUACCAUCGAAGAGGAAACAUCCCAAAUCAAUGGCUACGUGGCGAUUGCUGACUUCGAAGCGAUUACACUGAAGCUGCUUUCCGUGUGGUCCUUGACCGAUGUCAGUAAUGCAGCGGAAAGUCUUUUCCAGUCAUUCCCGUUGCGAAUUCAAGAGAUCCACGCAAUAUGCGUCCCCAGAUUUUUUAAGAUAUUUGCCGACCUGGCGUUGUCUUGCAUGAGCGAGAAGAUUAGGAAUCGUGUUUAUUGCCACAAAUCGCUGGACGAUGCCAUGAAGCACCUGGAGCUGUCCCUUCUGACGACCGACUACGAGGGUGGCACCCAGAAUCCGGACCAGUUGACGGAAGAUUUUAUAAAAUGUGCCGAGCGGAAGCGCACCCAGCUGCUGCUGAUGGACGAAAUGGAUAUCGACACGUCGCGGUACCAAUUUGGUGGGCAACAAAACACCGUUGUAAGCGAAAUCGAAGCCGGAAUGGUGGGAAGUUUCAAGAAGCUGAAUGUCGAUUAGCUUUUGACUACUCCCUUAUAAUCAAAUUCCAAAAAAACGUUUUUGAGAUAAAUGUUUUAACACAGUUUUAGCUAAACCAAUCGCAACACUGCUUA